UUACAUUUCUGAAACUCUAUGGUGUUUUAGAGACAUUGCAGGGGGUGUCAUUAGCGGACCAGAAAUGUAUUGUCAAUUCAUUAACAUGUGACCUAUGCUGGUCCGGAAGAACGGCUCUGGAACCGAUGUUGCCGGAAAAUCAGCCUUCAAUCUGUAUAUGAAGAGGGACAUUUUGUUGGGUUAUUGAGAACAAAUGUGGGGCGAAUCGUAAAGAUCUUCAAUGUUUGGAAUCAGCCAGACGUGAUCCUGUCCACGCUGAACUUCCAUGAACUGUAUGGUCCCAGGGGUUUGUUGGAAGCGAGGACCUUGACAGUUUCCUUGUGCAGCUCAUUGACAUUUUAGACUGACGUGCAAAACAUAAAGUGCUGGAGGAACUCAGCAGGACAGGCAACAUCUGCGGGGGGAAAGGGGUCGGGACCUUCUUCACGCUGUCUUUUUGCCCAGGACUCCAGCCGAUCCAGUCUCUUGCGUUUCCACCGCGCUCGCGUGAUAGCGAUUUAUUUCCUGGACUAUUACAGAAGUUUAAACUUGGCGCAGUUACCCCCGGAAAAGUGAAACCAACCUAUAAGCACUUACGUCCAAAUAUUAUACUUACGUCCUUCCUCAAACUCAAGCCACUACUUGACCAGGAGAGCCCCCUGUUCCGAGGGUUACAUUAUCCAGUGUGAACAAGAUUUUAGAUUAAUUUUCAAAACGAAGACAAUCGCAGUGAGGAUCGCCUCACGCUGUUCCCGUCCGAAACCUUUCGAGGCAACGCAAAACUCACGAAGGUGAAGAUGGCUACUGUCAAAAAACGGACUUUGCUGAAAAUAAGUGAAGAGCUGGAUGAAGAGGAGGUGAAGGACAUGAGAUUCUUAUGCAGUGACCACAUUCCAACAGGCAAACGGGUGGAGAAUGCCCAAGAUCUAUUUAAAUUACUAGAGGAACUAAAUCUGGAUAUUUGUUAUGAACUCUUAUAUCAAAUUAAGCGAUAUAAAUUGCUUUCUGAUCUAGAAAUUCAUGAUAUGGAGCAGUUCUUGAAACAACCAGGGAAUUGUAAAAUCUCAAAUUACAGAGUUCUGAUUUACAACAUUUCCAAAGAGAUUGAUGUUAAAGAGCUCAAUAGCAUAAUUUAUGUCUUGAAUAUACCCAAGGGAAAAUGCAAAUCUCUUAUGAAUUUGAUGGAUCUUUGCACUGAAUUGGAAAAAGAAGGAAAAAUUUCACCGAAUGACCUACAGCUUUUGCUGAAUGCCCUGGACGGAAUUAAAAGAAGAGAUCUGAAGAAGAAAGUGGAAAUCUAUCUGAAUGAUGCAAUAGUUGUAUGUCCACUUCAAGAAAGCAGGAAGCAACAAGGACUUGAAAUGUGUACCCAGGAUACGGACCAAAAGAUCAGAUGCCCUGCUGAGGUUGAUGCCAGGCCAAUUAUUUCAUCAGGAACCAACACUCACCAAGAGGUUCAGCAAACUCCAUCUAUUGUGGAUGACCCAACAGCUGAAAAUACAAAUGUCCAGGGAGAAGAAUGUUCAUCUGCAGAGCAAAUUGUACGUCCACUUCAAGAAAGCAGGAAGCAACAAGGACUUGAAAUGUGUACCCAGGAUACGGACCAAAAGAUCAGAUGCCCUGCUGAGGUUGAUGCCAGGCCAAUUAUUUCAUCAGGAACCAACACUCACCAAGAGGUUCAGCAAACUCCAUCUAUUGUGGAUGACCCAACAGCUGAAAAUACAAAUGUCCAGGGAGAAGAAUGUUCAUCUGCAGAGCAAAACACCUCAACAGCUUCCUCGUCAGACGUUAUGGCUGGCACUUUACAAAGUCUUUCCAUCAGUACAAAUUCAAAGCCUAUUGAAGAAUACAAAAUGGACAGUACACCACUUGGAAUCUGUUUAAUAUUAAACAACAACGUGUUUACUGAUACAAAAUACCGCAAAAGAAAUGGCACAGAUCAUGAUGCAGAAAAAUUGAAAAAAGUAUUUGAAGACUUGGGGUUUGAAGUGCACAGGCACAAUAACUCGACUGCGAAAGAAAUAGAGAACAUAUUGAAACAUUAUCAGACGUUUGAUCAUAAUGCCAUGGAUUGUUUUGUGUGUUGCAUCCUAUCUCAUGGUGAAAAAGAUAUAAUUGUGGGAACUGAUGGCAAACGUCUUCAAAUCAGCGACAUAAGAUUCUGGUUUUCAGGGUCCCAGUGUCCCUCACUGCUGCGAAAACCCAAGAUUUUCUUCAUUCAAGCUUGUCAAGGUACAAGAAAACAAAAAGCCUGCUUCAUCACUGGCGGGGACUCUGACCUCGAAACAGAUGCAUCAGUCCCUGAGGACAGGGAUUUUUUGUUUGCAAUAUCUACAGUUCCUGACUUUGUCUCAUAUAGGACACAAGAAGGCUCUUGGUUCAUUCAAACUCUGUGUACCUGUUUGGAAGAAUAUUGCUGCAAAAAAUAUGACCUACUUAUGAUCCUGACUGAAGUGAAUCGAAGAGUGAGCGAGAGAAAUGUAGAUGCCAAGCAAAUCCCAGAGCCACGAUUUACCCUAUCCAAGAAGCUUGUGAUUUUGCCUUUAUCUCUAAGAACAUGUAAACAAGUAGCUGAUUCAACUUCAGUCUCAUGAAAAAACAAAAUCACAUUUUCUAUAAAGCAAACACACAAUUAAAAAGUUCCAGAAAAUAAAAGAUUGUCAAAGAUUUGUGCAAAGAAUAA